AUUAGCGCGUAGUUAGCUGUGUUUAUUAUGCCCUAGUGGGAAGCUGGUAGAGGUAGCGCUGCUGCAAGUGCCAGGUAUAUAAGACGCUACCCACAAGACACGGCCACGCAGUGCUCCUUCCGCAGCUGCAGGGACGAAAGCUAACCACAAGACAUAAACCAAGGCGACAAGGAAUCAAUGAAAGCUACGAGAUGCAAACCAAGUUCUCUCUUGCAACAGUUGCCGCAGUGCUUCUAGUCACAGCAGACUGCUGCGAUGCUGCAGUAGGUUACGGUCGUGCUGCUGCUCAUCCAGCGCACCCCAACUCGUGCUACUUCCCGAACCUGAACCUGGCGGUGCGGGCGGGAGCCAGGAAAAUUCCAGAGGGCCACUGCACGGCACUCUUCUGCGACAGGCGGGCAGACGGGGUCCUCUACUACACCCAGACAGGGUGCGGCUCGAUCGGAAAGGCUCCCCCAGGCUGCAGGACCGUCACGGUUCAUGGACGUCGCUACCCCGCCUGCUGUCCUGAGAUCGUGUGCGACCAGCCUGCACCGUGAUGGACCUGUGACAUUAUUAGCCAUUUAGCCCCAACAGCAAAAAGAGGGCCAAAAAUGGCUCUCACGUUGCAUUUUUCAAUUAAAAUGCAACGAGAAAUAUUACUGGCUGUUCUUUAGAGUUGCUCCUCAAAAGAGAAAAGUUCCUUCUAUUGGACUAAAAAUAUUAUGUUUCAGUUGA